GCCAGGCGGCCGUAAACCCGCCGCCCACCGCGAGCCCUCAGUGCUUCCGCGUUGCCAUGUGAUCCCCCUGACACCUCUAGCUGCCACCUGCCUCCACUUCACUCCCCUCUCCCCUCUCCUAAACCUCACGGCCCCCGCCGCGUUGCCGGCCUCAUCACCCAUGGCCCCUCUCGUCUCCACGGGGACGCGCCGCCCCCAAUGCCUGGCGCUCCUCCUCGUGGCGCUCGCGUCCCUGGCAGCGUCGCAGCCGACCAACCCGCGGCUGCUCGCGGCGUACGCCGCGCUGCAGACGUGGAAGCGCAACGCCAUCUUCUCCGACCCGGCCAACUUCACCGCCAACUGGGUCGGCCCCGACGUCUGCUCCUACAGCGGCAUCUACUGCGCGCCGCAUCCCGCGGACGGCGUGCUCGUCGUGGCCGGCAUUGACCUCAACCACGCCGACAUCGCCGGGCACCUCCCGCCCGACCUGCCGCGGGGGCUGCCCGACCUCUCGCUGCUCCACCUCAACUCCAACCGCUUCUGCGGAGUCCUGCCGGACACCUUUCGCCACCUGCGCCUCCUCCACGAGCUCGACCUCAGCAACAACCGCUUCGUCGGCCCCUUCCCCGCGGUGGUGCUCACGCUGCCGUCGCUCAGGUACCUCGACCUCAGGUACAACGACUUCGAGGGGCCGAUACCGCCGGCGCUCUUCGACCGCCGGCUCGACGCCAUCAUACUCAAUAACAACCGGCUCACGCGCCCCAUCCCGGCGAAUCUUGGCAACUCGCCGGCCUCGGUCAUCGUGCUCGCGCACAACAGGCUCGGCGGCUGCAUCCCGCCGUCGAUUGGGAGGAUGGCCAACACGCUCAACGAGAUCGUGCUCAUCGACGACGAGCUCACCGGCUGCAUUCCGCCGCAGGUGGGUCUGCUCAGGCAGGUCACGGUGUUCGAUGUCAGCGGCAACCACCUCCAGGGCCCUCUGCCGGGGAGCGUCGCCGGGAUGACGGCCGUCGAGCAGCUCAACGUGGCGGGCAACCUCCUCAAGGGGCCGGUGCCGGCGGGUGUGUGCGGGCUGCAAAGAAGCCUCAGGAACUUCACCUACGAGGACAACUUCUUCACCUCGCGGCCCGGGUGCGCGGCGGCGACGGCGGACGGAAGGUGGAACUGCAUCCCUGGCGCUCCCGCGCAGCGGCCGCCGGCACAGUGCGCCACGGCGGGUGCCCCGUUCGACUGCAGCACGGCGCAAUGCCAGGCAGCGCCGACCAGCCCCACUGGUAUGGGCGGGCGCGGAGGUGGCACCGGGCCGGCGUCUCCGAGAGGUUCCCCUCCGAGGCACUCUUUCAUAUCGCCGCCGCCUGGGUCGGGGUCCGCCAGUCCUUCACAGCCAUUGCCGCCGCCAGGCUCCACGACUCCGUCAUACCCGUCCCCACCAGGGAGCUCUUGGAUGCCGCCGCCCACCGACGGCGUCAGCACCAAACCGUCAAUGCCACCUUCAUCUGGACCAUCCCAUGGCUCGCCUCCGUCCUCCGGCUACCAGCCGCCGUCCGGGUGGGCACCUUCCGGUCAACCCACGGGAGCACCACCCACUGAGCACCCCGGCGGCGUCUGGCCGCCGCUCACGCCAACGACUCCCGGCGCACCAGGAUCGCCAUCCACGCCCACGGCUCCCGGCGCACCAGGAUCGCCAUCCACGCCCAUGGCACCAGGCUACCACCCUCCGGCCCCGGGAACACCAUCUUCUCCAGGUUCUUGGUCGCCGCCACCUCAGGGCGGCGACGGGGACCAUGGUGGUGACCACGGCAACCAGCACUGGCCGCCAUCUUCACCCGGCGGUGGCCUGCCAUUCCCUCCUGUCCACGGCGUGGCAUACUCCUCGCCGCCGCCACCGUCAGCACCUGGCGGGAAGCUGCCGUUCCCGCCGGUGUACGGGGUGUCGUACGCCUCGCCACCGCCACCAUUGGCGGUCUACGGGGUGUCGUACGCGUCGCCGCCGCCACCAUACUACUAGGCCCUGUAGCUGCUGUUCCAUCGGUCGGCACCUCCACGCCCGGACGUUCGGUGCACCCAUCAGUGUCGUCGGACGACGAGGAAGUACAGUGGACUCCGGUGGCAACAUUCCAGGGGACAAUGUCACAUGCUUAGGGCUGGGACGGCAAGCUCGAUGGCAUGGAUACGGUCUACGGAUUCGAUUCGAGAGGCUUCCCCGUUCCCGACCAACGCGACAGUGCCAGCGAGUUUGAGGGAGGGGGAGAGAGUUUAGGAUGUUUCUUUGCGU